GCUCCAUCGCCGGAAGAGCCUUUGGACUCAGGUGACAUCUGCGACCGCUUCGAGCAGUGGGAGGAGUGGGACGCGUCGACGCCGCUUUGGAAGCAUGCGGCGGCCGGAAGCUGUGCUGGUGUGAUGGAGCACAUCGGCAUGUACCCGCUCGACACCGUCAAGACGCAUAUGCAGGCGCUGCGGCCGGGUGGCGCACGCACCCUCUCCAGUGUCAUUCAGACCAUC